AUGGCUCCCGCUCCCCGCUCCCUCUUCCCCCGUCGUCCUUCCCUCCCUCCCAGGCCCUUCCCGAGCAACGCUCACCUGACCUCUCCCCCGCGCACACAAAACCCGGCGCUGCCCCCUCCACACACACGCACACACACACACACGCUGUCACCCACGCUCCCACCGACCCGCCAGCAGCCCCCAGUGCUCGGUCCCCCACGCCCGCUCUCACUCUCUGCUCACUGCCCGCCUUUAGCGCCCCCGCCACCCAGCAAGCGCCCGCGCCCCUCCCCUGCGGCCCCUUACACCGCCCCCAUCGCCGCCUACGAUCCGAAAAAAGACGUGAUCAUUUUUCUGCGCGCCCACCCCUUCCCUCCUUUCCCUCUCCUUGUCUCUCCUCCUUCAGCUCUCGCCCUGUCUCGUCUCCCCGUCUUCUCCACACUUUUGAGCCUCGCGCGGAGACUGAUACACGCCGCAUAA